CAAGGCUUCAGAAGGACAGAUCGAGGCAUUGGCCUUAGUGGAGCCAAUGGCGAGUGCUGCUGUGGGGAAAGAAGCACUGCCUAUGCCACCAGGCUUCGAGCAGUACAAUGGUGCUGACGCGCAGUGGCAAGCUGAGGAAAGCUGGGGAGGAGGAACGUGGAGCGGCAAGGACGGCAACGGGGAGGCCGCCUAUGCCUCCUACGGGACCUCUUGGCAGGAAGGCGCUCAAGGGCCCAGCGAGUGGCUCAAGGAUGUCGCCCAUGCGCCUGCCGCUAGCUGGCAGGAGUCUGCGGACGGGGCAGGCCGACAGCAGGCCUCCGGGCUGACGGGCGAGGAAGGAGCCACUGUGCAGUUCAUGCAGAGCCUCGACUGGGAUGGGGGGGAGAACCUGGUCCUCGCGGAGAGUGAGAACUUCACGAACUUCGGGUUCAGCGAAGCGCUCCUCCAGGGCAUCUACGAGGUGGGCUAUGUGAAGCCGUCCAAGGUACAGGCGGCGGCCCUGCCCAUCAUCGCCGGCAAGCCCGGGGAGCCGGGGCAGAGCAUCAUGGCGCAGGCCCAGAACGGGUCGGGGAAGACGGCGGCCUUCACUCUGGCGGUGCUCAGCAUGCUGAGGAUCCAGGACGAUUGGCCCCAGGCCAUCGUCGUGUGCCCAACCAGAGAGCUGGCGAAGCAGAAUCAGCAGGUGAUGAAGAACCUGGGGACUGCGCUCGAGGUGAAGACCCAGCUGGUCUGCCCCAGUGGGCCAGACGAUCCGGAGAGGUGCCCCAGCAACCCCCGCAGCCACGUGCUGAUCGGCACCCCCGGCAAGCUGUCGGACCUGGCGAAGAAGCGCAUCAUCGACUGCCGGGGGGUGAAGACCCUGGUCCUGGACGAGGCCGACGUGAUGCUCUCCGAGUCCAACCAGAUGGGCAGCCAGAUCCACCAGAUCCGGCGGAUGCUCCAGGACGACCCCUUGCAGGUGCUCUUUUUCAGCGCGACGUUUCCGGACGACGUGCGCAAGUUUGGCACGGGGCUGAUCCCCAGCAGCAAAGGCAUCAAGGUGUCCAAGAAGGACCUCACGGUUGCCAGCGUCCUGCAGGUCUACAGAGAGUGCGCCUCUGAGGAAGAGAAGUUCGCGCAGCUUUGCAGCCUCUACGGGUGCCUCAAUGUGAGCCAGAGCAUCAUCUUCGUGAACCGCAGGGACAAGGCCUUCGAGUUGGCGCAGAUGGUGAAGGCGGAGGGCCACUCCGUAUCCUUGAUCUGCGGCACGCAGGGCUCCUAUGGUGAGGAGAAGAUGGACCCGGCCAUGCGGGACCAGGUGAUGUCGGAAUUCCGGGAGGGCGUGACCAAGGUCCUCAUCGCCACGGACGUGCUCUCCCGAGGCAUCGACGUGCCCCAGGUGACCCUGGUGGUGAACUACGAGCUGCCCAUGAGCUUUGAGAACUGGCGCUCCGUGAAUAUGGAGACCUACCUUCACCGCGUGGGCCGGACCGGGCGGUUCGGUCUGAAGGGCAUCGCGGUGAACCUGGUCUCGCCAGACGAGCGGCCGAGAAUCGACGAGAUCUGCGAGUUCUACUCCUGCAAGAUCGCGGAGCUGACGCAGAGUUUUGAAGAGCUCGAGGAGACCUUGAAGACUUUGCGGUGAGCGCAAAACUCGAAAGCUUUCGAAGGUCCAAAGAGCCUCGAACUUUAGGUCGGAAAAGAUGGCGCUGCGAUCCGCGGCGAGUCCGGAAAAUCUGGGAAGAGGCGCCAGUUGGCGCUUUUCCCGUUAAUUGUCGGCGCUGGGGAAGAGUCGUGCGCCAGGGUUCGAUUUAGAGGAGGAGGCAA